GUAAUUCCACCAUGGCAAAUUUGUGCGCUCUUUCCAAGGAAUAGUGGGUGUGCUUUGCCCUUCCCAGACCUCACAGUGGCUAGAUGGCCAGAAUCCUGGUCAUGACCGCAUGAUUGGGUGAAGCUUGGCAUACUCGUCGUAGCCGUUACGUCACAAGGUCAGGUGAAAGCCAUCGUUCACAUCUCGCCCCGACCAGUACAAAAGCCCUUCUGUGUGUCGCCAAAGCUACCUUACAACAAACCAGAAUUUCCUCCACGAUUCUGAACCCUAGACAACUGGUUCCUUUCAUCUUCCAACACAACGAAUCCAUUCCAAUGGCGACUCUUCACUACCUUCCUCCCGUUAAGCCCUCGGCCAUCGCUCUCGGCACGGCAUUCAACCAUGCUGUCUCCCUCGCUGUUCUCGGACCUGUAUUUGGUGAUACUUACCAACGCGCCCAAGCUGCCAACUCCAAGGAGGAGUUCUUUAAAUCAAAAGAGGCCGCCACUGCCGCUGCCACAUGGGGUAGCUCUCUACUCGGCUCUGCCAUUCAAUCAUAUGGUGUUGGUGCCUUGAUCAAUGCCACUGGAACUUUGACCUACAAGGGCGCUGCAUACAUGGGCGCGUUGAUCUUCAUGGCAAGCUCUGCACCUACGCUCAUCUCCCAGGUGGUCACCGAAAAACGCCCGCUUGACACCAUUGCCGUUGGAGCUCUUGCUCGUGUCUUCGAGACUGUUGGCCUUAGCUUGUUCCUCACGUACUGGGGAACUCGCACUAACCCUUUCGACUAAAUACCUUGCGUCUGAAUAAGGGGAGGUGGAGUUUGGGGUAUUUUCGAUCUUGGUAGCUUCAAUUGAUUGUAUGAAUCCUCGAUGAUCAAUAAAUGGGGAGAUGCUGGGCCUUCCAUUGCGGUUUCAGCUUUCCGACUUGUAACAAUAACUCUCAACCCUAACCAACGGGAACUUCAAUGUGUACUGCUCCUUUUCUCACCA